AUGAAGUCCAACAUCGAGCUCAUCAGCGAUACGGACCGCUUCCCUUACGCCAGUGGGGGUGACGAGGGCGAAAGGGCCUUUGUAGCGGAUCAGGACUUGUACCGGCUGAUGUGGAAAGACGCAGACGGCCAGUACCCCAUCGGUUAUGUGCUGGCCCGCGUCGUUCAAGAGCUGGAGCAGGUGCCUCCUGAAGUGGUGGGCGAGAUUGUGGUCGACCACGUCCACCGCACUCUGUCCCUGUUCCAGCUGCCGACCGAGGCGGAGAGAAGCCGUUGCGUCGCCGCCCUGGCCAGCUACUGGCGCGAACGGAGCACCUUUAAGCUCCUUAACGGCUGGCGAAACGAGGUGUGGCCCGUCUACAGCCGCAAGGGCGAGCUGCUCUUCAGCGUUGAGCGCGCAGCCAUGGGCCUCUUCGGCACGAUGCGUUACGGCGUCCACAUGACGGCGUACGUUGCCGACAAGUCGGCGCCGCACGGAAUCAAGCUCUGGGUGCCCAAGCGCGCCGCUGACAAGUCCACGUUUCCCGGUAUGCUUGACAAUACGGUCGCGGGCGGGCUCAUGACGGGCGAGGACCCCUUCGAGUGCAUCAUCCGUGAAGCCGACGAGGAGGCGAGCCUUCCAGACAAGCUUGUCCGCGAUGGAGCCCGCAGUGUCGGCACAGUCACGUACAUCUAUGUCACUGAGGAGAAGUAUGUUGGCGAGGAUGGGUUCAUCUACCCGGAGUGUCAAUGGAUCUAUGAUCUCGAGCUACCUGCCGAUCUGGUCCCUCAGCCCAAAGACGGCGAAGUCGACGAAUUCUACCUGUGCGAUGUGGAACAGGUCAAGAGGGAUCUUGCCACUGACAAAUACAAGCACAACUGCGCUCUUGUCACACUCGACUUUUUCAUUCGCCAUAGCAUACUGACCGACGACGACGAGCCAGAGCUAGCCGCCAUCAAGGAGAGGAUGCACCGCCAAAUGCCGUUUCCGGGGCCCCACCAAAGCGACUGGAGGCACUCGCGGUAG